UGACGGCUUUUGUGCGCGCCGGCGGGGGCUGGUGGCGAAGGCAGGGUAGGAGUGGCCGUUAGCGGGGUGGUUGACCUUUUCCUCGCCCUUCUGUUUUUACACAAAAGCAAAACAAAAACAUCUCCCGCCAUGGCUUCCGAGCGGGAAACGGGCAGCGAGGGCAUCAAGUUAUCAGCAGAGGUCAAACCGUUUGUCCCCAAAUAUGCGGCGGUAACUGUGGCAUGGUCAGAACCCUCAGAAGCAUGUGUCUUUCCUAGAUAUUAUACUACAUGCUACCCAUAUGUUCAGGAUCCAUCCGUGGAUAAACACCAGGUCUAUACUCAAGAUUUACCUUGGGAUUCUACCUCCACUCUUCCCCAUUAUGUAUCUCAAAAUGUUAUGGGAUGCACUUCACUUGGGGAAUACACCAGCUCCCCUUAUACACCAGAUGCCGCACCAAAUGUAUAUACAGUUCCAAACUUCCGGUCCGAGAACAACAACUCUAAACUCUUCAGCUCUUCUAGGCAGGGCAGAGACUAUGCCAAACAGACUCCUGUCAGCAGAAAGGAAGCCGCAUAUCAUUCUAGGAGACGACCCAGAGAUUUUGAACCCAAAUUGGAGAGUAAAAGACCUGAUGGAAGUGACUCUCCUAACAGGUCAACAGAGAGUUCAUCUUACACUGCUUUGCAUGGUAGAAAUCCUAUUAAAUCAGACAGGCUGAUUAAAGCAUUGAGUGGAAAAUUCAAACAAUUUCCAAAUAAUGAAUGUCUUCCAGAACCUGCCUUUGAAGUUAAUCUCUCAGAUUUCCCCAAAUUGCAAAGUACAAGAAGUUGUAAUCUGCUGAAUUUUCAGAAACAAACAUGGGGGCCCUUGGGUUCAGCUGAAGGAGAUAAAAUGCCUCGGAAGCCUCCAGAGAAAGCGGUUUCAGCUUUGGUGACCAAAGAGGGUGAAGAAUGUCUGAAAAGGAAUUUACCCACAAGACCUUUCACUUCUCCACCUGAUCCUGGAGUUUCUCAGGUACAUCUAGAUUAUUUUACUGAGACGCCCAAAUCAUGUGCCACUGUGCUGUCACAAACUCCAAAGAGAACAGUUUCAACUCCAGCUGCAAGUCCUUCUACCAACCACUAUGAAAAUAAAGGGAAACAAGGUGUUCUUGAAGAUCGUAAGUCAGAACCAAAAGGGAAUGCUAGUGACAGUGAGCCAGAAGAAAUAGUGGAGAAGAAGAAGAAGAAAAAGAGAAAUAAAAAAAAAGCUAAAGCAAGUAGCGAAACAGAGAAUGUUCCCAACAAGAGCAUUAUAUAUCAAGAACCUCCAAGAAUUGAGGAUGAUGAGGAAUUUCCAGACUUGUCAAUGGCCGCUGAUAAAAAGUACAAACCGGGGACACCAAAAUAUUAUUGCUCACCAGCAAUUACUGGAAAGCAGACUCAGGUAACGGUAACAAAGGAAUCUGAACUUCAUGAUGGCAGCUUUCAGAAUGAAAGGAUAAGUCCCAAGCCAGAUGUAACAUCUGGAAGAAAAACAGGAAAACAAGUUUUAUCUGGUCCAGUAGAAAAAAGGAAAACACAGGAGACAUCAAAGAGCGGUGGGAAGAAAAGUCACCUUCCUGUGCAACUUGAUUUGGGGAAUAUGCUGGCUGCUUUGGAACAGAAGCAACAGGCAGAAAAAACAAAACAUUCACCCAAACCAGUAGUCCUUUCAGUUGGUGGUACAGUAACAUUGCCAUCAAAAGAGCCUAUGAAUCAAACAAAAAAUCAGCAGUUAAACCAAGGGAAUUCUCCACAUAACCCUUUGGACUCCAGUUCUCCUCUGAUCAAGAAGGGCAAACAGAGAGAAGUUCCUAAGGCAAAGAAGCCAACGUCACUCAAAAAGAUCAUUUUGAGGGAGAGAGAACAACGGAAGCAACAGCACCUCUUAGAACAGAUGGCAACCCCCAAGGAUAGUGAUGCUGCUCAGGAUGCAGAAUCGACUGCAGAAAAUCAGGGAUAUUCUGAAGACAACAAAGCAGAGAGUUUGGAAGACACUUCUAUAGAUCCUGAUAUUCUGGCUCAAGAUGGUCCAGAAGUAGACCUGAAAUGUACAGAACUCAAUGGCUCCUACACAGAAAGUGUCCUUGAUCCAGUACAGCUGAAAUCCAAUCUUCCCAAAAUUCAUAGCCGGAGAUUCAGAGAUUACUGUACUCAAGUACUUAGUAAAGAGGUUGACAGCUGUGUAACAGAUCUCUUGAAAGAGCUGGUUCGCUUCCAAGACCGCCUAUAUCAGAAGGACCCUGUCAAGGCCAAGACAAAACGCAGACUUGUUAUGGGACUCAGAGAAGUGUUGAAACACUUGAAACUGAAAAAAUUGAAAUGUGUCAUCAUUUCCCCAAACUGUGAAAAAAUUCAGUCAAAAGGUGGAUUGGAUGAGACUCUACAUCUCAUCAUUGACUCUGCUUGUGAACAGAAUAUCCCAUUUGUGUUUGCUCUCAAUCGCAAAGCUCUGGGGCGUUGUUUGAACAAAGCAGUACCUGUCAGUGUGGUGGGGAUUUUCAGUUAUGAUGGUGCUCAGGACUAUUUUCACAAAAUGGUGGAACUGACAAUGGAAGCAAGACAGGCCUAUAAGGAUAUGAUUUCAGCUUUGGAAAGAGAGUCAGCUGAAGAAGAAAGUGGAAGUGACUGUACGCCAUCAAAAAACCCUUACAGUGAAAGCCGCCCACUGGACACUGUUGAAGUGCCUCCUCCAGAGUCUGAGGAAGAUGUCCCAGAUUACAUUAAAAUCUGGAAGCAAAAGCUUGAAGAGGAGUAUAAGCCUUACAUGCUGGAGCUGGAAAAACAGUUAACUGCUGAAAUGUUGCCCAUGGGUUUUGAAGAGCCUCAGUAAAUCAAGACUACCCUCUUUGGCCUUAUUUGGUUUUCUUUAAAUGUGGGGAGGGGGGGAGUAUUUAUACAUAUGUAAAUACUAAAUUAUCAAAAACUAAUUACCCAGAGGAUUGGGUGUACAGCAAGAUGUUUUAAAAGUUGAUAUGAUUGUAUAUAGCAGAUAAUUAUAUUGAAUUAUGUGAUCUGGGA